AUGACCUGGGUCAUUGAGCUGUCCCAAUAUGACCUAAGGUACGUGCCUCGACAUGCAAUCAAGGCACAAGCAAUGGCAGACUUCCUGGUAGAAGUAACCAGAGACCCAACCGAGGACACGGGCACACGGUGGAAGCUCCAUGUAGACGGAGCCUCCAACCAGAUGUCCGGGGGCACCGGGAUCAUCUUAGAAAGCCCAACCGGGGUCAUUUACGAACAAUCGGUCAAGUUCGAGUUUCCAGUGUCGAACAAUCAAGCAGAAUACGAAGCCCUCCUAGGUGGUUUGAUUUUAGCCCGGGAAGUCGGGGCUACGAGGCUAAAAGUAUGCAGCGACUCACAGAUCAUCACGUCGCAAGUGAAUGGAAGCUACCAAGCUAGAGAUUCGCUACUACAGAAGUACUUAGAGAGGGUUAAAGAACUGAGCAAACAGUUUGAGGAGGUCACGGUUCAACACGUUCCAAGGGAGAGAAACACACGGGCAGACCUCCUAUCCAAGCUAGCGAGCACAAAAUCUGGAACCGGCAAACGCUUCCUCAUUCAAGGCAUCACGAGAGAACCAGCGGUUGCCCUCCACCUGACCGAGAUAAGCCCCUCCUGGAUGGACUCCAUCACCGAUUUCUUGCAAAACGGCAAACUCCCUGGAGGCGAGAAGGAAGCCAAAGUGUUAAGAAGGGAGGCUGCCAAAUACACGGUCAUACAGGGCCAACUAUUCAAAAAGAGACUUAGUCAACCUCUGCUAAAGUGCCUACACCCCGACCAGAUGGACUACGUGCUCAGAGAAGUCCACGAGGGGUGCUGUUGUUCAGAUGCAAUAUUGUUUGAAAAUGAAAAUGGUGGUGGAGGAUCAAUACUUCCAUCAGAUGAAUCAUUACGUGAAAAUGAUGAGUGGGGAGUCGACCUCUUGGGACCUUUCUCGGUUGGCCCAGGGCAAGUCAAAUAUCUCAUAGUCGCCGUCGACUAUUACACCAAAUGGAUAGAGGCCGAGCCACUGGCCACUAUCUCCUCAUCCAAUUGUAGAAAAUUCAUGUGGAGGCAGGUGAUAACUCGGUUCGGCAUCCCGGAAGUUGUCAUCUCAGACAACGGGACGCAAUUCACCGAUAAGAAGUUUGUAGAGUUCCUCGCCGGCUUGGGCAUCAAACAGAAAUUCUCCUCAGUAGAGCAUCCCCAGACAAACGGACAAGUCGAGUCCGCAAAUAAGGUCAUCUUGCUGGGCCUCAAGAAACGGCUAGACAACAAGAAAGGAGCAUGGGCUGAUGAGCUCGCCUCUGUCCUCUGGUCCUACUAUACAACCGAGCAGUCCGCCAUGGGAGAAACCCCCCUUCCGCCUGACAUACGGGGUAGACGCAAUGAUACCUGUAGAGAUCGACGAGCCAAGUCCACGGUUACUUCUCAAGGGGGUGGAAGAAGCUGUAGAAAAAGACCUAGUAGAUGA